GGAGCCUACGACACCAAGGAGCUCAGCAUUGCAGCCCAUGCUACGGCGGGUACUUCUCCUACACUUAUGGGGGAUCUUCACGGGCGAAGUAGAGUUCCUUUGGCGAGACCCGGACGUGAGCGAUGGCUGAUGUGGCGACGUCUGCUUGUUCUGCAGGAAGUUUUGAGGCACGUCACCAGAUUCCAGAACGAGCACAAACGUGACAAUUGGUUAGUGCAUUCGAGAGGCAUGCUGUCGCUCGAUGGUCGCCAAUUAACCUCAGCAGAGGUUGUUUCAUCACUAGAUACGACUGGUGGCCUUCGCGGAGGUCCUAGUCCUGAUACGAGUGACGUCUUGGAUUUCGACAGUAAAAUCCACAGUGAACAGGUGUUGGACACUGUCGAACAUCCGAUGUUGGAUAAUACAGGAACACUGACUCCUCGUAAAAGGUACAACUGCAAGAAACCUGAACUGCAUAAUUUCGGAAUCGGUGUCAUGAAGGAACUUGACGAUGCGAGAAGAGGAGGAUUAGUUGUAACUCCUGACAUGGCACCAGGGACAGGAGCAGCUUCAUCUUCAGUUAUAACACCUGGUCAACAGACUUCCAACACACCACGGACUUCCACUUCCGUUCCACCAGCAGCGCGUAAUCGGUCAACUACAGAAGAAGGUACGGUACGCAACAUCCACCCUCCGCCCACGGUAGUCGGCACCAUAACAGAACAGAUGAAGACUUACGAGGUGCGAGAAGAUGAGCAUGAAGAGGAGGAUGAUGAGCAUGAAGACACAGCAGAUAGCUUUGAUGAUGAUCUUCUGCUUGGGGAUGGAAACGGCGGGUUGGAGGAUGAAAUGGCAAGACAGACGUGUUUCGGAGUCGAUUACGACGAUCCUAGGAGAGAUAGACUACCUGGUAGUGCAGCUGGAGGACAGGAACAGCUAGGAAUGAGAAACACGGCUAGCAGGAGAAGAGAUACUAGAGAGAGUAGUUCCAGUGGUCGUACUAGAGACAGUCCCGCUUUACAGAUGGGAACGAGAAGGCCUCAGUCUGCGUCCUCUGGAGCAGUGGCUCAGUCAAUAGCAGCAGCUGGUGGCCAAGCUUUAUCGUCUAGAUCAUCUGCAGAGAUCAUGUCUGCAGCAAGUAGUAGAUCCUCCACUUCACAAGGUCGUGGCAGUGGAGCACGAGGAGCGCAAGAUGAAACAAGAGAUGCAAGGAUGCGCGGUGCUUUAGGACUAGAAAAUGACCUCCAAGAGCAACCUGAAAUAGAACGAAAUUCCACCAUAGAAUCUUCUUCUGCAAGCGGGGGAAGUGUUCCUGCUUCAUCCUCUGGCGCAAGUAGCUUCAUAUACCCUGUUUCUGCACCUGGAGCUCCUCUUUUUAGAAGUAGUACUGCCGGAGGAGCUCUUUCAGGUUCAGCUGCUGGCUCUUUACUUGGUUCGCACUCAACAUCUUCGGCAGCUGGUUCCUCGAAUUAUAUUGGAGGUGGAUCUGUGCCUACUGGCACUUCUGCUUCAUCAGUAGUCAGCGGUACUCAUAUUACCGCUAGAAGUAGUGGAGCUGCUCUUCGUGCUACACCUUCAAAAAAACUCGGAGAAGCGCGGAACAGACACAGACUAGCGAUGAGGAAGCGGAAUAGCGAGGAAAACCUGCCUCCUAUUGAUUACAUGUGCAAUUCUGUGAUUCCGGACUAUGGUACCAAAGGUUUCCCGAUGAAUGGCUGGGUCAGUCCUCUCGACUUGGCUGUAGACUUCUUCAACGCAGUGACGAAGCCGCACCACAAUGCUGGAGGAUGGGCAGUGUGGAAUCUUACUGGGGGCGCAGCCUUCUCUACUCUGUCCUCGAUAACACCGGGAAGAUUUGAUAGCAGUUUCUAUACGAGAACGCGCACUGGAGGUGGUGCUGUUAGUGGAGAUGUAUCGACACUUCCGCCUAGUCCCAUUGCACCAGGCACUGGCGCAACAUCGUCACCAACUCCUCUUCCGCCUAGUCCCAUUGCACCAGGCACUGGCGCAACAUCGGCACCAACUCCUCUUCCGCCUAGUCCCAUAAUUGCACCAGGCACUGGCGCAACAUCGGCACCAACUCCUCCGGGUUUGCAGGCGAUGAGCUCAGUGAGAACAACAUCCGCUGCACCUUCUAGUUCUACAGGAGGAGCCGCGACUUCUCCACUGCCCGCAACCACCGCUGCAUCUUCUAGUUCUACAGGAGGAGCCGCGACUCCACGGCCGCGUGGUGGUGCAAUCCCUGCUCCGCAGAGCAAGCAAGAAGAGAGAAUUCUACGAAAUGAAUACGCAAGGCGCUUAGACCAUGCAAUGUUGCUAUAUGAGGAGCUUGGCGGUGGUGGCUUCCGCUAUGACAAGAUGUUUGCGAGGCCUCAAGAUCUCCAGCUAGAAUUAAGGGGACAAGAAAUCUCCCAUUUUCAGAGGCAUCUUGGUCCCGUUUUUAAAGGGAAAAGGAGACCCAAGAUGCUGCUGAGGAUGGAUUUCCAUUGGUUCUAAUAGAAUCUGCUGCUGCUAAAAUGACUGCUGCAGGGCCACCAGCUCGCCCCGCACCUCGUCUUAGUGGAAUAACUUCAAGAACACCUCCUACUAGUACUAUGCCUUUACGCGGCUUACCACCUUCUGAGGAUCAGGGGGCUGAGCCUGAGGCAAACAAGGACUCAUCUACUCCGAGAACGACUCUCACAGAGCUUCAGAUAAUGAGACAAAAUUUACAAGCGCGACUGGUCCUUUCGGAGAAAAAGUUGAACAAGCAAGAACAACAAUUGGAAGGGAAAAAGAGAAGGAUGAUGAGUAAUAGACAAGACAGUAGUCCUCUCCCUCGGUCAUCUUCUUCUUCUGCUAGUUCUAGUUCCACCUCUAACACAGACAUCGACGACCCUUUUCAGCUUGACCUUCCCGAAGCUUUUGCUGUGCGAAUGCUCAUCGACGCUGGCUGUGUCCACUUGACGGCCAAACGUGAAGCAUCUUUGCCGCAACUAUUCCGCACUCUGCUUCAUCGAAACCGUGUAUUGAGGGGUCUGGAGUUGUUGGACUUUUUAAUUCAGAAGAUCGAGUCGCUGAAGGCUUUGAUGAAUUCGGAUUUCGCUACAACUCCGCAAACUCUCGUGCCUCGUUUGCGCGACUCAACUGUCAUGUUGAUAAACAGUGACCCAGGUGGUCCUCGUGCCGAUGAUGCGGAUCAUGUGAUCGUUGCCGACGAGGAGCAGGAUGGUGGAGGACAGCACGUAGAUCAAGAAGAGCUGCAAGAUGAAGAACGAGAUCCAGCACCUGAACUAGGAGGUACAACUAGACCUGAGACACCACUACAACAUGCGUCUGGAGGGCCACUCGCACCCUCACCUUCACUCGAGUCCUUACCACCAGGAGCAUUAAUCGCAAGGCAUCUACGCAACAAUCAACCCCUCAUCAUGUCCAGCAUACCUGCUCCGCCAGGCGUUGAACCAGGUGCUUCUCUGGAACCACGAACACUUGCAGAUGCAGAUGCAUCUUUCUUGUUGAGUGGUGGUGAGGAGGACCAUGUAGGGACUCCGAAUUCGUCGCCUCAGCGAGGAGAUGGAGCAGAAGGAGCACACAUUCACAUCAGCGAUGGCACAACGGAAUGGCUAAGGCAGCAAAAUCUGCCUGAGGAGGACACCCUUGGAUCUUCUCAAGACCUAGCUCCAUUUUUUCCAGCUGAUGGUACGCAGCCUUUGGCUGAUAUAGAGGAACAAGCGGAAGGUGGUGUAGAGGUGACAUAUCCCCUCCCACCGUAUCAGCAAUGAUCAUGCAGGCAUCUUCAUAUUAAACACUGAUGUUAGAUGAGAAAGAGAAAUGAAUUGCGAUUUUUGCCAAUAGGAACUAUAUACUUACGUCUAAGAGUAAGUAUAGUAUGCAACUUACUUUCUACUUAUAAUUCGUGUGCAGCAAAAAUACCAAAAGCAAGAAGGCUUUUCGUUAAGUAGUACAGCAGGAACGAUGGGUUAUCAGAACAAUUAUGAACUGUACUAACUUUCAUCAUCAGAUUUUUUUUCUACACAUCUAACGAAAAUCUUGUGUAUAAAAGAUGAUGCUAGCUGCAAGGUGAAGAAUGCUAGGGUGGAAAACAGAGAGAUCAUGUUCUUAAUAUUUCCCGCUUUCAAAAAUAGCGAUCAUGAUGUAAAUGAAUGAUCAUGUUCGUGAUGCAUCAACGAGAUGCGAACAAGUCCAGAUGAUGAUUACAUUCUUCACAUUAGCGAUCUUCUAUAUAUUCCGUCUUGGAAUUUUUGAACGAGUUGUAUGUUGCUUAUCCUGAUUUCAUUUGAAGAUGGUCAUGAUAUUAACGAGUGACAUUGUUGUAAUUGUAUGACCACCACCAAAAAAUUUUUGCCUAACGUUUCUCCUUCCAAUUCAGGCUACUAUCUCAAGUCCAAGUCCAAGAG